UUAACUAGUGUUUUAUUUUUAGGUGCCUGUUCGCUGCAUCGAGCCGUGGUCUUCUACCGGCAUGUCUCUAAUUCUAACAAGUCCACUCUCCGUUGGUUGCAUCAAUAUAAAGCACGAUUCUCUAGAGUCAAGCCCAAAGAACGUCUUUUGAGUGAUUCAUAUGGCCAGCCUAAAAGUACUAGUGCUUGUCAAAGCAAGGUGGGUCCAGCAUGUUCUUAGGUUUUUUCGUAAUCAAGUUUCGGGGGAGGUAAAGGUAAACUUUAACGUGGACAAGUUAAGAAAAUUUACUACGCUUUGUAAUUAAGGUGAUCUCCGAUCUCUAGCCCUAAGCGUGUAACCUGUGUUUUUCAAAGGUGGUUCAGUUAGUUGCGAGACUGUAAAGAUCCAAACGACAGAUGCUGAGGUCCUGUCGCCAUGUUACCGGGAUUACAUAAUAUUAAUAUAUGUUAAUGAAGUCGAGACCAUCUUACACGAAAUUAGAGAUCACCGUAUUUUUGUGAAUAUUUCCAAAUUUUCUCAAUCUUUGCUAACAGUGAUAGAUCCAAGUGGCAAAUGAUUAAUUGAUACACGAUUCAGGAGAAUUAAUUUUUUCCGGAGAAUGUUUAGCACCUGGAAAGAAGAAUUUUUGCUUAAUAGAGUGCUGUACAGCUCUGUACAGCUUUGCACAGUUUUACUGAAAGUUUAAGUUAUCAGAGUAAACUUGAGCAAAGGGAAGAAAAAAAAAUUAGAUAGUUGGAGUUACUUGGGUUCAAGUUAACAGAUAGUAAAUGACUCGAAAAAUAGAGUAAAAUCCAAGGGAUCAAGGAUUUUGUUUGAGCAAGCAGGGGGUGCAAGUUAACGCAGUGAGCAGGUUCUACUGUAUUUGCUGACAUUAUGUACCCUUUCUUUUCAGCCAAAGUCAACUUCAGUGGCACUGAUUGGAAAGACAUCAUGUGGUGUAGAGACCCAGGAAGGUCUCUCUCAUGUAGAGGAGAAGAGUGAUGACACAGAGGAGGAGUGGGUGGAACAAAAACUUGAUUUGAAAAAAUUGCCAAGACAGUACAUGCAACUGUCGAAGAUCAGACUAACAGGUUUGUAUUCUUAAUUUAGUUGUGGGACCUUUUGCAAACUUCAGUGCAAGAUUAUUACAACUACAAAUUCAACUUAGAAUUUUGUUUGAUUUGGGCCUAGAAGAUGGGAAGUAACAGUGGGAGGGAUAAGGAAAGAGGUUUGUGUUACUAUUAAGUACUCCUAUAGUUCACUUUUUACCAGGCCAGAGUGGGUACAAGAGGGGGAGGGGAUGGGGAAAAAAAGUUUGUCUUUCUAUUUACUUCUCCAAUACAUGUACCGGUAGUUCACAUAGUAUUGUGAGUGUUUUUUAGUCAGAUGCAGUAAGUGUUAUUUCCAUUUUUGCUGUAGGUCUUGUGGUAAUCACAGAAAUGGCAGGAUAUGCCAUUGCACCAGGGGCCAUGAAUCUUAGUACUUUUCUUUGGGCUGGACUAGGAACAGGCCUCUGUUCAUCUUCGGCAAAUGCAUUUAACCAGGUAUACAUAUUUGAUUGCAAAUGCUUGAAAAAAAAGGUUUUUUAUUUCAAGUGUGUAAGUUGUGGUGGUCCUGUGUCAUCCAAUUUUUAUUUUUUUAUUCUCUUACAUUGACUCAAAAUCAGAUGAAAUUUGUUUGAUUGUUUUUUAAAGUGGCUAGAAGUUCCUUUUGACUCACAAAUGAGCCGCACACAAAACCGUGUUCUUGUCAGGGCCCGUUUGAGGUAAGCAUUGUAGCAUUCAAACAACACAAGAGUCAUCCCAUGACGAGGGGUCCCUCAUGUGUUCUUUAUUUUGAGAUCAGUUACGUCAUUGGUCACUUAUACAUGUUAUUUUUGCGUUUGUUUAUCCAUAGCCCUCUUCAUGUGGUGCUGUUUGCCAUGGCAACUGGUGUAAUGGGUGUUUCUGUAUUAACCAGUCAAGUCAAUGGAUUAACUGCUGCCCUGGGUUAGUACUACACUUAACUAAAUGUGACUUCACUUCACAUGGAGGUUUGACUUUAUUGAGCAUGUUGAAGGCAUGUUAGCGACUCUAAGUAAAAUUAUGACGUUGUAUUAUUUUGUUCUCUGACAGGGGCAGCCACCCUGAUACUCUACACAUCUGUCUACACCCCUAUGAAGCGUCUGAGUAUUGUGAAUACUUGGGUGGGGUCAGUAGUGGGAGCAUUGCCCCCCCUGAUGGGUUGGGCUGCUUGUACUGGAGGAAUAGAUGCUGGUGGAUUAGUGUUAGCAGGAAUUUUGUACUCUUGGCAGUUUCCACAUUUUAAUGCUUUGAGCUGGAAUCUCAGAGCUGAUUAUUCAAGAGGUAAUGGAUGAUCAUGUUAUUUCUCCACUAUUUUUAGAACCCAAAUUUACUUUCAAUGGAGAUUCUCAACCCUCAAACUCAAAUGAGUGACCAAUACAGAAUUUCUCCUUAAAAUAUUAAUUCAAAAUCAAGCAGACAAGUUAUGGGGACUAUUAGUUGAUCCAAUAACAAGUUCUCCUUACUUGCAUCAUGAGAGUUGUAUGGCAUAGAGUAAGGAGAAUUACUCAUUGGAUCUUGUAAGUGAAAGGGUCUAUAAGAGAAUCUAAGCAAUACAGUGCUCAGGGGUCCAAAGUAAUUUCUGAAUAUGAAAAAAGAAUAGGUGAACAUGUCAUAUACAUUUACUUACUUGCUGCUUUAUUAUUCUUUCCUACCAAGACUGGGUAACUUGAUCCUUUUUCUUUUGAUGUAGAAAACUUUUGAUAAUCAAUAUUAGUUUACUUUAUAACAGUGAUUAAGCCAAAGAGAACCCAAAACUUAUCUGCGCAUACAGCAUCUCUUUGUCCUUCAGCAGAUCAUAGUAAGCUUCCUGUGCCAUCAGCAAAUUUCCUAUCCUAAUUUUGUUUUGUUUUUCUUGUCUUACCAUAGCUGGUUAUCGCAUGAUGUGUGUAACAAAUGCACCCCUGUGCAGACGGGUGACAUUGAGACACUGUUUAGCAUUGGUUGGUCUUACAACACUUCUACCAGCAUGUGGAGUCACAACAUGGUGGCUGGCUUUGGACUCUUUACCUCUUAACUUUUGGAAUACUUAUUUAGGAUAUCAGUUUUAUAAAGACUCAGAUUCAAGGUCUGCAAGGAAACUUUUUCGGUUUAGUCUGAUUUACCUCCCGAUUCUCAUGCUUCUGAUUCUGUUUCACAAGAAGCCAAGGACAACACAGGAAGAGGGAAUUGUUCAAGUGACAUAG